GUUGGUAUGUUACGAAGGACAUACACGCCAGAAGUCCAUAAUAUAUUGGCAGAAAUGGUCAUGGGUGGAAUGGUUUUGGAGACCAACAUGAAUGAAAUUGUCACUCAGAUUGAUGCUCAAAACAAACUGGAGAAAUCUGAGGCUGGUUUAGCAGGAGCUCCAGCCCGGGCUGUUUCAGCAGUAAAGAAUAUGAAUCUGCCAGAGAUCCCAAGAAAUAUUAAUAUUGGUGACAUCAGUAUAAAAGUGCCAAACCUGCCCUCUUUUAAAUAACAUGGCUACUCCAGGUAAAACCAAGGAAGAAAUGUAAUAGAGAUUUACCACAAAAUUGUUUACUAUAUAAAUAACAUGUCUAACUUCUACUAUUGGCAUAAAACUCAAGGUACUGUAUAGACAUAAUUUGAAAAAUCAGUGUGUGGAGUUGAACGUUGCUUUUGUCUUGUUUGUGAAAUUAAAGGAAAUGGGUAGUUCCAGUGUGAUUUCUAAAUUACAUUCCUGUGCCCUUGUAAGGCAUAUCACUGUGUCUCGGCUGCUGCAGUAUUUUGGGAAAGUAUUUUAAGAUGUUCUUUACUUUGUAUAACCUAUAAUGCUUAGGUUUUUUUGUAUAUUCACUAAGGUCUAUGAUUAGCGCAUUCCUUAACUACUUCUGCUGUUUGUCAUUAUUAUUUAAGACUUAAAUGCAAAUAUUGCAUGAAAACUUUCAACUCUUGUUUUGUUUAAAUAAAAUCAUAACUAACUGAACUUCUAAUUACCCGUUUGUCUGAAAUCUACUCUGCAAUAAAUCAUGUUAUUUCCUAU